AUGGCCUCCGCAAGCCUGGAUCACCUGGUUAAAGGGUCACCGGCUCCUGCAAAUCAUCUCUCGUCCUCAUCAACAUCGUCCGACACACUGAACUCUGCUCCACGGUCGUACCCUCAGAAUUCUUCCGAUCCGUCUUCCCCGCCACGCCCGUCAACACCGGACCCGCUGUCCACGUUGCCAUCCUCUCCACCUCAGAUCUACCUGAACCUGCUCAUCCUAGAAAGCUCUCUUCGGGCUCAAUACCUUGCGCUGCGAGAACGUCGGCGGCAGAACUCGUUUUUCCUUCUGCUACUUGCUGCCUGGAUCACCUACUUUGCCUACGCGCUGUUCCUCCGUCCUCGCGAAGAUGGCCGCGGGGUAGGCGGCUCCGUGUACUGGGUGGUCGAGAUGUGGGAGAAGGUUGCGCUGCUCGGAGGAGUGGUCACUGCACUAUUGGUCUGGGGCACGGGGCAAUGGGAGCGUGGAGUACGUUGGCCGCGGCGCUGGCUCGCCGUCGCCAACCGCGGCCUUCGCACGAUGAACACUAAGAUCAUUGUGAUCCGCGGUCCCUGGUGGCAGGAGCUGUUAUCCUAUCUCUCCUUCCUCUUCCCCUUUUCAAUUCCGCUCUUCCCUUCCCCGGUCGGAGACUUCCACUAUAUUGAGCGGCCUGCGUCGGAGAAACGCAUUGGUGGUCGGCAGCACCACCAGCCGUACUACAACAUGGACAUGGAAUCGGGCCUGGUGGAGGAAGACCUCAGCCCGGGAGGCGAUUAUAUCCGACUACUUCUCCUCCCCAAGUCAUUCUCGCCGGAGUUCCGCGGGAACUGGGAUGACUACCGCACCGAGUUCUGGGAAAAGGAGAACGAACGGCGUGCCCAACUGCGCCAAAAACUGCGCCAGAAGGAACGCCAACUAGCUCAGCAGGACGGCGGCUGGUUCUGGUGGUUUGGCAUUGGAUGGAAGGCGUCACAGCGCCGGCGAGCCGCCGCAGCGACGAUCACCAAGUCCGCCGACGAAAAGGCCCACCAUCGCCAUUCCCAUCACUCGAGCAUCUCUAGGCUCAGCCACGAGCCGAAAUCGCCUGCCCGGCGUAGCACGCGCUCGGACUCGCACUCACGGACGCCAUCCCGAAGUACCACCCCCGUAGAUACCGAUGAUCGUCCUCCGUCAAGGUCGUCUGCGAGUAGCCGCCCCCGUCGGGGAAGCUUAACCCCUAAUUCUACGGCGUCAGGCUCCGAGCAAGGACAUCAACACCGCAAGAAGAAGUCCAAGACUCUUCCCCGGGGAGUGUCACCCCUCACACAAGCACAGAUCAGUGAAGGUGUGCGUACAUCGUCUUUCUCGUCUGACGACUCCGGUUUCUUAGCAGAGUCCGACAAAGUCAAAGAUGAGGAAACUAGCAUAUAA